AUGUAUUUUUGGCAACAUAUCGUCGCAACUGAAAAAAAGAAAAGGUUCUUCGCGAGUCUCGGGUGGCACGAGGGGGUAAGACGGAGCGUCAGGAGCAGCAACGGGUCUACCAGCCAGGUCCCGGCGCCUCUGACCCCCCAGAGACGAGCCCGGAUCCACUGUCCGGCCCGACACGUCGCGAGAAUCAGCAAUCGGCCGCUGGCGAUUUCCGCCCACGACAGACGCCACGAUUGCUCAAGGUGCGGAAAGUCCUACAAGAACGCGUACAUCCUCAAGCGACACAUCCUCUACGAGUGCGGAAAGGCUCCCUCCUUCAGCUGCCCCCACUGCGCCUUCAGCUCCAAGUACGAGAGGAACCUCAAGGCCCACAUCAACCACCGCCACGUUCUCGCCAAGCCUCACUCCCAGACCGUCAACUAA